AUGGUCGGAAAGAUAUGUUAUGCAUUUGCCCAGCGUGGCUCCUGUCGUUUCAAAGACUGUCGAUUCGAACAUGAUCGCCAAUAUGAUUCGCAGUCUCCACCUAACAGGGCGAGGCGACAAGAUCCCAGGCCUGAUCAAUCUGGUGAGUUUGGUUCUUGGAAACGACAAGCCCCUGGCGGUUACAACAACCGUCCACUGGGAGCACAACUGGGCCCAUUCUUCAAAGAGGCUAGGAGACUCAUUGAGGUUGAUGAGAGCACAUUGCAAAAUGUGGUGCGGUGGCUUUCCAACGAAGGCGGCCUGAGACGGAUUCAGGAGCUGAUCCAACGGGACUUCUCCACUCUAUCAAAGUCUAUGAAGAGUACCACCUUCCAUGAGGAGAUGCUUCCAUUUUUGGAACUCGUCACCUUCUCCGAGGUCCUCUCAUCUUUGGUUCUGGAGCAAGCUGUUGUCACGAUCUACAACUGUAUAUUCGGGCCUGGCGGUCGCCGAGGAGAGCCAUUCUUGGGAUUUCUUGCCGAAGCCGUGGAAAUGGAAAUUGAGAAAAACACGAGUACUGCGUCCGGAUAUCUUGAGGUGUCUCUACUGGUCUUUUCCCAGGUUGUCGAGCUGAACUCGACUGCCUUCAUUCAAGAGCCCUUGAAACCAAUCGCACAGCGCUUUGCAGAUAUUCUCACCACACUUCAUGCCCUGGAUAGCGCAUGCUCUGUCCAUCAGUCAUACCAGUACUUGGAGCGCCUACAGCGCCGCCUUGAUAUUGGACUCUCUCUACCAAACUUGUCAGGAACUUUGAAGAAACUUGUACCGACCCAGAAGACUGCGGCCUUUAUAACUCAACGAGAUCCACCUGGUGGCCGCCACGAUAACGACCAUGCAGAUAUUUGCAAGAUAAGAAUCAUGCCAACCUUCGACGAGAUAUCCAGCUCGCGCUCAGAAUACCUUCCGCCCAAGGACCCCCGCCAAUGGCAUGUACCUGGACUUGCUGGGCUGCUGGAUAGGAAUUUUCGACUCCUCAGAGAAGAUACAAUUGGCCAGCUUCGAGAUGUCAUACACGCGGAACUCCAGCCAGGCAUCCGCCAAGAUGGCCGAAGAAACCAAACCAGAAUGCAUGUUUACAAGCAAGUCACCGUCCAUAGGGUGGCCGUGCAUCGGCAUUCGGGGAUGCAGUUUUUAGUUGGGUUUUCACAGCCGCCAAAUUUGCGAGGCAUGGAUAGUACAAAGCGAAGAGAAUGGUGGAAGCUUUCGAAACGGCUCCAAGAAAGUGCCCUCGUAUGUCUCAUAGAUCCCAGAGGGUUUGCGAUAUUUUGCACAGUGUCUACUGCCGAUCGACCCAAUGCAAAGGUGAAAUCAGAUCCCAACGGACAGAAGCUGUCUGGGUCUCUUUCAGAGAGCGGAAAUGUGGCGUCCAUUGUCCUGGAGCUCGUAGAGCCCACCGAAGACAAUUGGCAGUACAUCCUGGAUUGCCAGGCCUCAAGAAGAAGCCUCUCGGUUUCGCUUGUCGAGUUCCCUGGUAUUCUUUUGCCCUCCUUUCAACCUACUUUGCUCGCUCUCCAGAAGAUGCAGAAGGUUGCAGAUGUUUCUAUGUCAGAAUUCCUUGCACCUCAUGAUGUCAAUUCGCUGUCGCUGCUAGUCGAUGUACCUCCACCAGUUUAUGCCACCACUCCGGGGUUUAGCUUCGACUUGAAAUGCCUCAUGGAUGAUAAUACUAGCUUACAAGUGCGUCAUUCUCAGCCGGUAGAAAUAGAGAGGCUUAAGCAACACUCCACUCUUGAUAACGCACAGGCUGAGGCACUGGUCAGCACCCUCCAGCGGCGAAUUGGGUUGAUUCAAGGCCCACCAGGGACUGGAAAAAGCUACACAGGUGUGGCACUGAUCAAGGUUCUAUUGGCAAACAAAAAAAAGGUUUCCAAGGGGCUAGGACCCAUCAUAUGCGUCUGCUACACGAAUCAUGCACUCGAUCAAUUGCUGGAAGAUGUUUUGGACCACAACAUCACUUCUCAGAUCAUUCGCAUUGGCUCUCAGUCCAAGUCGGAGCGUUUACAGCCGCUCAAUCUUCGAAAGGUCGUUCAAGAUACAGAAAAGACACGAUCAGAGAGACAUGGUCAAUGGGAAUUGCACAAGAAAUUCGAUUCUCAGGGAGAAGAUUUUCAGAAGCUUCACCUCAAUGCGACCGGUUCAGAGAUAAGCCUCAAGUUUUAUCUUCAGAGAAACCAUCCUAAUCAUUACCGCCAGCUUUUCGAAAAAGACGAAGAGGGAUGGCAGGAACAAAGAGGAAGUGGGCAGAAUAAUGUGAUAAGGUCUUGGUUGAAUGGCGGCAAGUCACUGAAGGGUCAGCCCCGCGUGGUGGACGUACUCAGAGCUGUCCAUGUCAAUACAAUGACAGCCGAAGAACGUAAAAUUCUCUACGACUACUGGCUUGAGACCCAGAAAGUCAGUACGCAUUCCCAAGCCCAACUAGUGCUCGCUGAGCACCUGGAAACCAAGUCUUCUUGGGAUAGGAUACGCGACGAGUUGGAUCUUCGGUGUCUUCGGAGCGCAGAUAUCAUUGGCCUGACAACAACAGGCUUAGCUCGAAAUCUCAAUAUGCUGCGGAGAUUAAGAUCUAGGGUUCUCAUAUGCGAAGAAGCUGGAGAAGUUCUGGAAGCCCACUUGCUCACCUCACUGUUGCCAUCGGUUGAACACGUCAUACUCAUCGGUGAUCAUCAGCAGCUCCGUCCUCAAAUACAAAACUAUGGACUUUCUCGUGAGAGCAAUGAAGGAAAACAAUACUCAUUGGACCGCUCACUGUUUGAAAGGCUUGUAGAGCCCGAUGAGGAGGUCGGAGUUCAAAUUCCGUUCUGUACUCUGGAAACUCAAAGACGGAUGUCCCCGUCGAUAUCCCGCCUGGUUCGCGACACUUUGUAUCCACGGUUACAAGAUGCUCCAUCAGUUUCUGAAUAUCCAGAGGUUGCUGGGAUGCGAAAAAGGCUUUACUGGCUUGAUCAUCGCCAGCCAGAGGGCGGUGCCUCAAACCAAGACCCACUAGCGGCCUCUCGCUGGAAUGAUCAUGAAAUCGAUCUGACGGUUUCUUUGGUGAAUCACCUUCUCAGCCAGGGUGUCUACGAAAGUGGAGAAAUUGCUGUCCUCACACCUUAUCUGGGCCAACUUCAUCGAAUGCGCCGAAAACUCGCUGGGUCAUUCGUCGUCACUCUGGGGGAAAGAGACCAGGAGGACCUGGAUAAUGCGGGCUUCGAAGGAGACGAGACUCAACAGCAAAGAAUAGCGGUUUCGAAAUCAACGCUUCUUCACCCUCUCAGAGUUGCAACAGUUGACAACUUCCAAGGUGAGGAGGCAAAGGUUGUGGUGAUUUCUCUGGUCAGAAGCAACAGCCAAAACCGGUGUGGUUUUCUUCGUACGCCGAAUCGAAUUAACGUACUUCUAUCUCGUGCAAAGCACGGGAUGUACAUCAUUGGGAACUCUGAGACAUCCAGAGGUGUCGAAAUGUGGGGGAAGGUCCUCGAAAUUCUGGAAGAAGACGGGAACAUUGGCCCCCAUCUGGAACUGAGCUGCCCUCGUCAUCCUGAGACUCCUAUUGCCGUAACAGAGCCUGAGCACUUUGUGCAAUUCUCACCAGAAGGAGGCUGCAGUCUUCAGUUUGUAUCUGCAAUACUGUGUUACCAUGCGGGCAUAACUGCAAGCGUCAUUGCUCAGAGUGUGUCAGGCGCACACUCGACGGUUCAGAAGUCAAUCAUGCAUGUAUUCAAAGGUGUGGACGACCAUACUCCACAUGCUCCCAUGGCUGCAAUGCCGAAUGUCACGGAGAGAACCCUUGUCUUCCUUGUACUUCGCCUUGUGAUGUUCAAUGUGGGCAUUCCAGAUGUUCCCGGAAAUGUUCCGAGCCAUGUGCUCCUUGUGCAGUUUCUGAGUGCCUAUCUUCAUGUCCACACAGCUCUUGUACCAUGCCUUGUGCCGCGCCUUGCGAUCAUAUUCCGUGCUCACUUCGAUGUGAGAGACUUCUAUCCUGUGGUCACCAAUGCCCAUCCGUAUACCCCGGUGGACUUUAUCUUGGGUGAAUCGUACCGCGAGAUCAAUCUUGCGGAGAACCCUUGCAUCUUCCCUCAAUGCGGCCAUUUCUUGACUAUCGAAAGUAUGGAUGCCCAAAUGGAUCUCAAAAAGCAUUAUGUUAUGGAUGACAUGGAGAGACCAAUCUCCAUAUCCUCAUCCUCAGAGCCUUUUUCCAUCGAGGAUAUUCGAACGUGUGCUACAUGUCGAGGCUCAUUGCGAAACCUUUCGCGUUAUGGAAGGCUUGUGAGACGUUCCUUGCUUGACGAGGCGACAAAGAAGUUUAUCUUGUAUUUGAACCAACAAUAUGUGCCGCUCGCUCAAGAUCUACCUGCGGUACUGUCAGAGUUGCAGCUCAGUGAAGGGGCCAUGGCAACAGCCAUAAGAGUCUUUCAGGGGCGCACUAAAAUCGAACUACAGGGCCCCGCAAAUCACCAGGUGUCGCUGAUGAGUAACCUUGUCAAUAAAAAAGGCAGUGGCCGCUGGAAAGAGAUAUUGGCUCUCCGGUUUCAGAUAGCAGAGUACCAAGCAAAGGUGAAGACGGAGGAGCAACCGUUCAGCCAAGUACACAACAUGGUCGAAAACGCACGUCGCCGUAAGAAGACAUCCGGCAAAUUUGCCUUCGAUGAAAAUGUGCUUCAAACCAAAGGCCAAAUUCAGGCUACCGCACUGCAACUCCGUUUGGACACGGCGUUGCUCGGCGAUUUCCUUUCUAUGAAGAAACUCGUCCCUUUCGGUAUAGAUACGAGCGAUGUACAGGUCAACCUAAAAGAGAACAGAAAAGAGUGCCAGCGGCUCAUCAAAGAAGCAAUAGACUCCCAUCGAAUCUUGCAACAGGCAGAAGGCAACAUUUUCUUCGCUCAAUUGUGUGCACUCGAGCGACAAAAUGCGAAGGAGCUUACUCAAGCUGAGACUCUGUUUAAAGAGGGUAAUGCAGCUAUAGAAGAGGCUCAACGGCUGUGUGAUUUACAUCCUGGGCAGACACGCGGUCUAUCGGAGGAGAUCGAGGGUACUAAAUCUAUGCUUGGCGGAGCAACCUUCUACACCCCAGUGACCAACGCAGAACGUCUGGCAAUUGUGGCCGCCAUGGCGACGGAGUUUCGAGGAACGGGCCAUUGGUACUACUGUGAGAAUGGGCAUCCUUUUACAAUCGGAGAGUGUGGAGGUGCUAUGGAGUUAUCAAGAUGCCCUGAGUGUGGAUCGGCUGUGGGUGGUCAACACCACCGAACAACCAACGGGGUGACCCGUGCACAAGACUUGGAGGCAAGAUUGAGAGACUUGCAUAUUGACACUUGA